AUGGCGAAGCAAGAAUUUACUGCGGUCGUGUUUUUGGAUAUACAGGGGGCGUACGAUAACGUCAUCCCACAAAUCCUGGUGGACCAACUCCAGAAACUACGCAUCCCAUCCCCAAUAAUCUCUGUAAUAGCCAAAAUCCUAGAAAAAAGAGAUCUCAACUUCUAUCACAAUGGUAAAUUUUUGGGAAACAGAAUGGUGCACAAAGGACUAGGUCAGGGCUUAGUUACUAGUCCCCUACUGUAUAAUAUCUAUACCAAAGACAUCAACCACCAUCUGAGUGAGAGCUGUUCCAGUGUCCAAUACGCUGACCAUGUGAGUCUAUGGGUAUCGGACCCCAAUUACGACAAAUGUCUCGAGAAAAUUACAAAGGAACUCACAAAUAUAAUCAAAUAUUUUAACUCGAUUGGUUUAACACUCUCCAUGGAGAAGACACAAUUUAUGCUCUUCCACAGGAAAAAGAAAACUCCGAAAAAUCACUCCAUAGAGAUACUUGGUACAACGAUUAAUAGCACCAAAGAGGCGAAAUUCCUGGAAGUUAUCUUCGAUGAGAGGAUGACCUGGAACCCCUUCAUUAGAGAUAUAAAACAGAAAAGUACAGCAGCUACCAAUCUUCUCAAAAUGCUCACAAAGCAUUCAUGGGGUAUGCACCCUUCUACGGCACUAAAUGUCUACAAGAGCAUCGUGAGACCAAGAAUCGAGUGGGCUAUACAUUCCAGCCUCUCGGCUAGCAAGAGCAAACACUUGAUCCUCGAAAGGGAGCAAUACAAAGCUCUAAGAGUUGUUUUGGGAGUCCUUCGAUCGACCCCAACGAAUAUUAUUUUGGACCUAGUGAAAGAGCCGAGCAUAAGAAAUCGGGCAGACCAUCUUACCCAAAGAUAUCUCGCCAGAUGCAGGUUAUCUAGAAGGAACCCCGUUACAGGGAAACUCGAGCCAUUCCAUAACCACGUGAGAACUGGUACGCCACAAUAUUCCAAAUCCUUUCUUUAUCAGACCUGGGUGGAAGAAAAGUCAGCCCUCAACAAUCUAGACCGUCAUGAGUCGAUACCAUGCUACUUAUAUCCACUACCAUGUCAACUUUUUCCAGUAAGUAUUGACCUGGUUAAUGGAAGAGGAGUGGUUGGUGACCGACACAGAGCCAUACCAAAAUUUACACAGAAAAUCCGUAGAAAAUGGCCAGACUGGACCCAUAUUUUCACGGAUGGUUCCAAGAUGAAAGGUAAACAGUUUGCAGGCUUCUCGUUCGUUAUUCCAUCGCUCAAGAAAGGUUUUGGGUUCCAAAUAAACAACCUCUACAACAUCUUCGAAGCAGAGUCUCUAGCCUUGUUACAAGCGCUAAGAUAUGCGAAAGAUAAUAUUAAAAAUAACAUCUUAAUAUGUUCUGACUCACAAAGCGCUCUUCAAGCUCUAAAUCACUCGGAAGUGUCAACUAGAACUCACCCGUUCACAUUAGAAAUCAAAUCAAUGAUACAAAGAAUCCGGAAGUCCGGAUUUCAAGUGGAGUUCGUGUGGACUCCAGCCCACAUUGGGAUAAAGGGAAAUGAGGAGGCAGAUAAACUAGCAAAAUUAGCUUGCGACAAGGGGAAGAAAUUGAACCUCAAAAACUACGUUCACAAGGUAUUCAUUAAACCAGGUGAAGCAUCUACGGAGAGGGAAAACAACAGGAUUAGAGAAAAAUUCAAAUCUAAGGGCAAGGAGUAUGCCAAGUGGAGAAACAUCAAGGAAAAGAGGCCGUGGUUCACCCAAAUCCAGCUCCCCAGAAGCGGCACCGGCAUUAUCAAUCGGAUUAGAUCCGGACACUGCACCACAAACGUAUACCUACACAUGAUAGGGAAGCUCCCGGACCCCAGCUGCCAAUGUGGACAUCUCCAGCAAGACCUGGAACAUCUCUUAUGGCACUGUCCUCUUAACCUUCCACACACAGAGAAACUCAUCAGACUCUUACAAAUUAAGAAGAUACCAAUGCCGUAUGAUAUAAGAAAAUUAGCCUUUUCGCUAAGUAUAAAAGAGGUCUGUCAGAUAUAA